UCCUCGCCUGCUAUGGGACAGCCUGUGUUUGGACUGGACGUCAGACUUCAGUGCGUUUCAGCAAACGUUGGUCGGAAGGGUUGGUGAGGACUGAAGCUUCAGACACAGCAGAGAGAGGGGACAUAGAGCCGGCUGUCUUUUGUUGUUGGGCUGGUGAGUCAGCAGUGGAUAUGGCCUUUCCAAAGCAUUCCAUCCUGCAGGCCCUGAGUGUUCUGCUCUUGGCCUGGGUGUUGGUGCGUUGCCAGGCCCCUCUCGAACCGGAGAAAGAGGAGGAGGAAGAGAUAGAAGUCUCAACAGUGGUGAAAAAAUCUGAGUCGAUCGAAUGUCCGCCAGAGUGCAGCUGUACGUCAGACGGGGCAGUAGACUGCGCUGGAGUCGACCUCAAGGAGUUCCCCUCCGAGCUUUCUGGCAAUACCCGCCAGCUAUCUUUACAGAACAAUAAAAUCGAGGAGAUAACAGUGGAGCAAAUUUCCCAUCUGCAUCAGAUUGAGACUCUCAACCUUCAGAACAACUGGCUUACUACAGAUGGCCUUGAAGAUGAAGGUUUUGAGAUGCUUGAACAGCUGGCUUAUUUAUAUUUGGCAAAUAACAAGCUCACUGGAGCACCAAAAGUCUUACCACCUUCUUUGGUCAGCGCUGACUUUGCUGCUAAUCAGCUUACAAGGAUCUACCCGUAUACAUUUGGCCAUAAACCAAAACUGAGGUCUGUGUAUCUCCAUAACAACAAGCUGACUGAUGCAGGACUUCCUGAUCAUAUGUUCAAUGGUUCUGACAACCUGGAGAUCAUCACUAUGUCGAGCAACUUCCUUCGCGUUGUCCCGAGGAACCUACCCUCCUCCCUUUACCGUCUUCAUCUGAAGAGUAACAAGCUGGAGAAAAUCCCAGCGGGAGCCUUUGACAACUUGCGAAACCUCAGAGAGCUGUAUCUUCAGAACAACCUCCUCAGCAAUGAGGGCAUGGACAACGAGACUUUCAGCCAACUGAGCAGCCUGGAGUGUCUGGACUUGUCAAAUAACAACCUGAGCGUCGUCCCCACGGGUCUGCCUCGCAAUCUAGUGCUGCUACACCUGGAGAAGAACUCCAUCCGCAGUAUCCCUGGAGAUGCUCUGACUUCUGUCCGAAACCUCGAGUACUUGCUCCUCCACAAUAACAAGCUCCGCUCACGGUCUAUCCACCCAACUGCCUUCCAGGGCUUGAAGAAGCUGCACACCCUCCACAUGUACAAUAACUUGCUGGAGCGGGUUCCCAGGGGCUUGCCUCGGCGGGCCAAGACCCUAAUGUUACUCCACAACUCCAUUUCCGAAAUUGGCCGCAACGACAUGGUCCUGCUGUACACCCUGACCGAGCUCAACCUCAGCUACAACAAGUUGACCAGCGCCAAGCUGCACCGCGAGGCCUUCAGGAAGAUGCGUUUAUUGGAAACCCUGGAUCUGUCAGGGAACAGCCUUCACUCGAUGCCCCUGGGUCUUCCUCGCAGCCUGCAGGUGCUCAAAAUCAAGAACAACCAGCUGAACUCCAUACCAGACGGCGCACUGACGGGCAUGGAGAAGCUACAAAAGCUCAUCCUGGGCAACAACAUGCUGAAACUGAAUUCAGUCUACCAGGGAGCCUGGAUGGAGCUCAGUGCUCUCACAACACUAGACCUGUCUGGCAACCAGCUGUCACACAUCCCCUCAGACCUGCCUGAGUCUCUGGAGUACCUCUACCUGCAAAGUAACCGCAUCUCCAGUGUUCCUGCUUCAGCAUUUGAAGGCACUCCAAAUAUCAAAGGCAUCUUCCUCCGGUUUAACCGCCUCUCUGUGAACUCUGUAGACGAGAGCUCUUUCGCACACCUGUCCAACUUGCAAGUGUUGGACAUCGGCACAGGAAACACCGACCCCCACUUUAAAAGAGAGGAGACGGAGGGUGAUAAGAUGAUGGAGGAGAAACAGGAAACAUAAGACCUGUUCAAAAAAACUGACAUUGGACUGCAUUGUGUCAAGGACAGAACAAGCUUUUAAAAGGAAAUGAACCUGUGAAUGUCAUUUCCCAGGUCCAUUAUGUAUUGUGCUGAAUGGCAGAGUGACAGUUUCUCACAAAGUGACUACACCCCUCACAUUUUUGUAACUAUUUGAUUAUAUCUUUUCAUGUAAUCAGUGUAAAUUUGCUGUCCCCUCAAAAUAACGCAUCACACAGCCAUUAGUG